AUGGACGUCGCCGUCGAGAGGCCGCCGCCGGUGAAAGAGGAGAACAAGCCGGAGACCAUGGAGAUCGCAAGCGCGCUUCCAAUGGUCCUCGAGAGUUUCCCAUCCACGCAAAGAAAUUCGAUCACCACCAGCAAGGACGACAAGCUGGAGGCGACCAAGGCGGAGAUGGGCGAGGUGAGGGAGGAGAACGAGCGCCUCAAGACGCUGCUCUCCCACAUCGUCAGGGACUACCAGUCGCUCCAGACGCACUUCCAGGACGCCGUCAAGGUCAAGCACCAAGCACCGGCCGCCGACAAGCUCCCUGCAGCCUCCGCGCCGGCACCCACCGCCGACGAUCUCGUCUCCCUGAGCCUCGGCAGCGGCGGUUACGCCCGCCCCAAGGGCGCCCACCAGAGGUCGCUGUCGUCGUCGUCCUCCGGAACCGAGACCGACCCCGACGAUCAGCUGUCGCUCGGGCUCAGCAGCCGUCGCUCCACUGACGGCGACAACAGGCAGGUCGCCCGCCCGUCAGCGACGCCCCUUAUGAACCUCAGCUCCGACAGCAGCGCCGACGACUCCGCCGCGCCCGGUAGCGACCUGCCGGCCGCCGCUUGCCCACCGGCGACCAAAGCACGCAAGAGCCCCAGCGCCGGGGUCGACGGAGCCGACGACGAGGUGCUCCAGCAGCAGGCCAAGAAGGCUAGGGUUUCCGUCCGUGUCAAAUGCGACACCCCCACGAUGAACGAUGGAUGCCAAUGGCGGAAGUACGGGCAAAAGAUCUCCAAGGGGAACCCGUGCCCGCGCGCCUACUACCGGUGCACCGUGGCACCGUCCUGCCCGGUGCGGAAGCAGGUGCAGAGAUGCGCCGACGACAUGUCCAUCCUGAUCACGACCUACGAGGGCACGCACAGCCACCCGCUGCCGCCGGCCGCCGCGGCCAUGGCGUCCACCACCUCCGCCGCGGCGUCCAUGCUGCUCGCCGGCUCUUCCUCGUCCUCGUCCCACGGACACCACCUCCCUUUCGCGUCCGCAGGGCUCCUGGGCCCGACCACCAUCUCCACCAUCGCGUCCUGCCCCACCGUCACGCUCGACCUCACCGCCCCGCACUCGCUCAUGCAGCAGCAGUACCAGUCUCCCUACGCGGCAGGGUACGAGUCCAAGGCGCUGCCGGCGGCGUGGAGCAGCGGCUACCUGGCGCCGUACGCCGGGGGGCUUCCGUUCUACGGCAAGAGCUCCUUGCCGGCAAUGGGGCAGCAUUUCGGCCUGGGCAUGGCGACGACGAGGGCGGAGCAGCUGUACGGCGCCGCCCAUUCGUCGUCGUACCUGCAGAGAACGUCCAGCGGCGGCGGCGUCCAUGGCGCGCCCGCGGCCGCGCCGGCGGUGACGGACACGAUCGCGAAGGCGAUCACGUUGGACCCGAGCUUCCAGUCGGUGCUGGCGGCGGCGAUCACGUCCUACAUGGGGCGCGGCGCUGGCGCGGCGGCGCACAAGUGA